AUGAAGACAACGGGCGUGGAUAUCGAAGAGAUAUUCACCGAAUUGGACCGUAUUCGCCUGCAAUACGGACUGCCGGUCUGGCAUGCUGAAGCUCAUGACCCCAAAUGUCGAAUUCAGUUUGCGCUUAGGUACUUGUUGGGUGUUGGAAAGACGGAUGGGGAAAGCACCGAGCGUUUGUGGAGCCUACUCAAUCCCGCAAGUUGGUCGACAAAGGAAAUGGGAGAAGGCGCCCGUCAUGAUGUCCUGGAGGACAAGAUCAACCUGAUUAAUUUUGAGAAAAACAGGAGCAUGGGGCGGACACUUGCAAGACGUUUGAUUGUCGCUGUAGCAGAGCGUCAAAGGCAGGGCAUUGAAUUCCAGGAGCUGGACGACAGCGUUCCUAAAAAAAAGACGUGA